AUGGAGGAAGAGGAGAUGCUUACGAACUCUAAACUAGAGGACGUCUUGAAGGUUGACUCGCUUGUGGAAGUAGCCAAGAUCCAUUCGGGUCUACGUAGAGUUGAUGCUACUGAAGCUGACCUUGUCCGUACUCUGGGUAUCACAGCAGAAGUAGCUGAGCAAUGCAUGGACUCUCUCACUAGGGACAGGAAGGGCUCGAGAACGGGGAGGGUAGCUAGUGAUGAGCUCAUUGCUGGCUUGGCAUGGUAUUGUGGUAAUGCGAAGGUAAGCGAGAGGUUAACCUUCUUGGAGGAAGCCAACAUUCCCCCUGUUGCUGUGGUCAUUGGAGUUGCUCGAGUUGGCGGGUUUUCAUACAUACCCACUUAUAACGGACUAACCUCCUCUGCCACUCCUACAGAUGCUGCCUACGCAGCUAGGGUGAGGGUUGGUCUCAAGGCCUUGGGGGUAGACAUUGCCCAGGAGGAUGAGGACAAUAGCGCAAAUGAUAGUGAUCCGCCGGAGUGGAUGAAUACACUACGGGAGGGGCCAGGGGCUCGUAGGGCCUACAUACCUCGUCAGCCUCUGAGGGAGGUCACUGCAUUAAGCCCUCUGGCGAAUCGAAGGUUCAAGUUGGAGGGUAUCGGAGAUCAUACCUCCUCUUGCGAUGGACCCAACAUGACCACGGACCAGGUGGAAGAGCUACAAUACGUCUUCCUACUGUUGGACACUGACAAUACCGGCUACAUCAAGGUAGAUGAUCUCAUUGAUAUACUAGGAAAAAUUGGGAGGGGCGUCAACACUGAGAUCUUAUCCCGGGCCUAUGAAAGCUCUCAUUCUGCAGAGGAACGUCUGAUCACAUUGAGUGAUAUUCUAAGGAUACUCUCACCGAAUUGUUCACACCCUGUGAUUGAGGGGAUCAUACAUGAGCAUGGUGGAGUAGGGGAGGAGGCGGCAGUGUUGGUUACCUAUGGCCAAUCUAGGAGUUCCUCCUCCACCUCGGGUCGGAAGUCAACACCACAGCGACCUGGCACAGAUAGUGGAGGAACAGGUGAGUCUGUAACUAGUAGAGUCGGGACUGUACACCAGAGUCCACGAGACAAUGCACAGCAAGAGGCAGUGGAGGCAGUAGAGAUAUCUUUGGAGAGGCUCAUGGAGCUGAGGAGGUUAUUCGAUUGUAUGAUAGAUUACGAAGGGAAGGGGGUUGUAGAUCUUAGACGAUUGAGGGAAUACUUCUCGACCGCUCUCAAUGACCCUGAUGAUCUAGAUAGAGUACUCAUAGGGCAGAAGGGUGAGAGGGUCCUUGAGGAGGAUGCAAGUGAUGUACUCUACACUAGAGAUGACUUCAUCCGCAUGAUACUACCAGAAGGGCUGGUCCCCUGUGCCUAUCCUACCCCUAGAUCUGUACGUGCAUCUAGCAAUGAGCUAUGGAGAUCUCGACAUGCACGCAGGCUCGAGUCGGCCUCAAAUGUGCCUACCUCACUGAAAGCCUCCAACGAUGAACAGCAACAGGAUAGCCCACAAGUGAGUGAACCUCUACUCCAUUCAGGUUGGCCACUUCUCGCCUUCGUUGCAGGUGGGUGA